CGCUUGGUCUUGUGCCCACUACACUGAAAGUCAUACUCUUCCUUUUCAGACUGGGCCAUGGCCAUCCGCGUCGCUGCUUUGGACUGUGCAGAAGAGAAGAAUCAGGACGUGUGCCGCACCUAUGACAUCCACUUCUACCCUACCUUCAGGUAUUUUAAAGCAUUUACAAAGGAGUUUACAACUGGAGAGAAUUUUAAAGGACCCGACAGAGAGCUGGCAACAGUCAGGCACACGAUGAUCGACUUCCUGCAGAACCACACGGAGGGAAACCGGCCUGCAGCUUGCCCGCCCUUGGACCCGAUUCAGCCCAGUGACAUUCUUUCUCUCAUCGACAACCGUGGUGGCCAUUAUGUGGCUAUUUUGUUUGAAAGCAACAGCUCCUACCUUGGACGAGAGGUGAUCUUAGACUUGACUCCAUAUGAGAACAUCAUGGUGACCCGCGCCCUGGACGGGGAGAGAGCGCUUCUGGAGAAACUCGGUGUCUCUUCAGUCCCAGCAUGUUACUUGAUUCACCCCAAUGGGUCCCACGGAGUAAUCCAUGUUGUGAAGCCUCUCCGCUCCUUCUUUUCCUCUUAUUUGAGGUCAUUGCCAGAUGUGAGGAAAAAGUCACUUUUCUUGCCUGAAAUGCCAAACAAAGAAGAAAAUUCAGAAACCAUAGUUUGGAGGGAAUUUGACAAGUCGAAGCUGUAUAUGGCGGACCUGGAGUCGGGCCUGCACUACCUGCUGAGGGUGGAGCUGGCAGCCCACAGCUCUCUGGCGGGAGCAGAGCUAAAGACACUCAAGGACUUUGUCACUGUCAUUGCCAAGUUGUUCCCAGGCCGCCCGCCAGUCAGGAAGCUGCUGGAGACGCUGCAGGAGUGGCUGGCCAGCCUCCCCCUGGACAGGAUCCCGUAUGAUGCCGUCCUCGACCUGGUCAACAAUAAAAUGCGGAUGUCUGGAAUAUUUCUUAGUGAUCACAUAACUUGGGUUGGAUGUCAAGGAAGCCGACCUGAGUGGAGGGGCUACCCAUGCUCACUCUGGAAAUUGUUCCACACUUUAACUGUUCAAGCCUCAACCCGUCCCACAGCGCUGGUCGGCACAGGUUUUGAGGACGAUCCCCAGGCUGUGCUGCAGACAGUGAGGAGAUAUGUCCGCACCUUCUUUGGCUGCAAAGAGUGUGGGGAGCACUUUGAGGAGAUGGCCAAGGAGUCCAUGGACUCGGUGAAAACCCCAGACCAGGCAGUUCUCUGGCUUUGGAAGAAGCAUAAUGUAGUUAACAGCCGCCUGGCAGGCCACCCAAGUGAGGAUCCCAAGUUUCCAAAGGUUUCGUGGCCUGCUCCGGACCUCUGUCCCACCUGCCAUGAGGAAAUCAAGGGCCUGGAUAGCUGGGAUGAAGGCCACGUGCUCACGUUCUUGAAGAGGCACUAUGGCCGUGACAACCUCGUUGAAACAUAUACUGUGGACCAGGGAGACCCUGGUGCGGGAGGGGCCCCACCUAGAGGUGAGGAAGAGAGAGGCCUCACUGCUCCUGAGAAGGCCCCCGGAGCCCACGAGGCUAAGACCCCUCUGCCCAGUGUGCUGGGUCCCAGACCUCCCCUGCCUGAGAGCUUGCACCACAGACUGAACGUGAAACUCCAGGACCCAUCCAGGUCUGGAGUCCGCAAGGAAGCUGAAGUGGCUGCACCCUCGCUCGGGGCCGGCUUCUCCAGCCUGGACAUGAGUCUCUGUGUCAUGCUGUAUGUGGCCUCCUCUUUGUUUCUGAUGGUCAUGUACUUUUUCUUCCGGGUGAGGUCCAAGCGGUGGAAAAUCAAGCAGUACCACCCGGCUGUGUAGCGUGAGCAGCCUGUGUGCUGUUAGCAAGACGGCGGAUGUGCCUUUGGAAAAAUGGCCCCACCUCGUCUCCCUGCAGCUUUAAUGUUUAUGAUCAGGGAUUUUACAGACAAACGCUGGACCGGUUUCACAUCAGAUGGCACCGCUUGGCCUCCAAGCCCUCGUUUUACAAACGCUUUUCCAGUGCGAGGGGACGCUGGGUGUUCUGUGGGGACGGUUGAGUUCCUGGCGUAGUCUGCUGCUCCUGCAGAUCCCCAGCAAAAAUGCCUGUGUUUUCACCUUUCCAAAUCUGAGACAGAGGGUGGGGAGUGUGGGCCAACAGCGUUCCCGGGAGCUUUCAUCUUGGUUACUAUACUGAGUGCCUCGUUCAUGAAGGCCUUGAUUUUAUAUUUGGGGAAAAACCUACCUCCCCCCACCUAGGCUGCACUUGGUGACAAAGCAGGGCCCAGGGGAGCGCAGUUGGCCUCCCAGAUGCUCGCCCCAGUACCAGGGAGAAAGUGUGGCUCUCAGUGCCCUGCCUGGGCUGGGUGCUUCGCAGCUGCCCACUGCGCUCUACUUACACUGGGACAUUUCAGUGGGAGCUCAGGGAGCUCAAAACCAGAAGAAGAAUGAUUUCCUGGUCAUCUCUGUGCUCUGUAGCUAGUUUUCAUUCCAGAGGAGAUUGGAACUUGCCAGGCCAGGAGGAGCCAGUGAGUUCUAUGGCUUUGCCGACUUUCCAGAAACAACCCCAGAGGCCUUAUGGAGUGGACUCAGGGGUGAGGCUGGGCAGUGCCUUUGUUUGCUAAUCUCAUGACAAAAGAAAAGCAGCUGAGGGCUGGUCCCAAUCUGUCCUUCCUGGGGGGCAGCCCAGACAGCAGAGGCCACAGAGGGGAGGGGGAGGAGGGGUCUGCUCUGUCUCUACAGACCCUUUGUGAGCUGUGCUUCUUAUCUGUCACCCAGGAGGGACCCGCAGGUCCCAUGGCUGAACAUACCUCUCUCUGGGUGCUGGCACCCUGCACCAGGCCUCAUGCUCCUGAAGCUGUGUGGGGAGGGUCCCCACAGGCACCCACCUCCCAGGCUUUGGCUAUGAUUUUUUUUUUUACCAUUUAAAAUGUAAACAUGUUUAAAAAUCCAAAACAUUAGGUGGUAAAUUUGCCUCUGAAGACUUAAACAAACAAAACUAAUAUUCUAUUCCUGGAAAUAUUUGUAGAAAAUCAUUGUGGCUCUUCGUCUGGCGACUUCAUUUUAUUUGAUAAACAGGCUCAGUUGUAUUUGUGUGGCCGUCGGUGCGAGGAGAGGCUGAGAGAGUUGGAGGUGUUUUUUCCUCUUCUCCUCCCUUAUAUUUUAUCCUCACGGUCAGUAACUCCAGGUGGUCCCACAGUGUAUUUAUCAGACCACUGUCGUACUGAUGCUUUCACAGCUUGAGAGAAAAUCAGCAGGUUGAGGACAGAACUUCCUGAAGGAGGGGGCUGGGUGUCUUGGUGAGCAUCCUGUCCCACUCCUGCUGCUGGAGUUUCCUCCUGCCUCACUUUGACCCAGAAGCCUCCAAGCUCAUCUGCACAGCUAGUUGUGCACCUGGGACACCCACGACACUGCGUUGUUUCCCUUCCAGCCUGAGCACCAGGCCAGCCCCCCACGGGAGGGGAUUCUUAGUGCUGGUAUCUCUUCUGGAGUGAGCUGAGCCAGGAGGGUGCCGGCUCCAUUCUAGCCUCAGAGAGCAGUGUUGGCUUUAGCUCCAAGGUCACGCUGCAGUUCGAGGUCAUUCAUCACUGUCUGUGAGAGAAGCUUGCGGCUUCCUGAGGGAAGGGUUUCAGCUGGUGCUGAGCUGCCAUGAAAGGAGACACCGAGGUGGUGGCAGGGACUGUGUAGACACCUACCUUCUCUACCCUGCAUGGCCUGCUCAGGUCUGAGGUCUGGUUUCUAAAGUUUUAAGUAUUUUAACAGGUAUUGAGACUAAUGAAAAUAGUUCAGUAAUUUAAAUGUUUAUUUAUUUUUAAUGGAAGGAUUCUGAUUAAAAAGAAGCUAAUUGACAUGGAAAUGUCUGAAAUUUCUUACCUUCAAGGAAAUUGAACAUUUUGUAUUGUGCACAUUUUAAGAAUAAAGAAACCUGACAUUUGAAAAAAA